AUGCAAGACGUCGUUGUGAUCUGGCUCGACAAUCAGAUUGAUCAUAACAAUGCUGAUUGCCAGUUAACAAUUGCACAACUUGAACACACUACUGACAAUGUCACUACAUUCACGGAUAAUGAUGAAUGUGUCGAAUAUAUACUCAAUUGUAAUGACUAUCAAGUCUAUCUAAUCGUGUCUGGUGCACUUGGACAAUAUCUUGUACGUUGUAUCCACGACAUUCCUCCAUUACACUCGAUUUUCAUCUUUUGUCAAAACAAAUCAUGUCAUGAACAAUGGACUAAAUAUUGGAACAAGAUCAAAGAUGUUUUCACUGAUAUAACAUCACUCUGCCAAACCAUUCAGAACACGUUUCCCCAAGAUGAGCCCACUGUUACACCAAUCAGUUUUGUACCAUGUGGCAAAAGAUUGGAUCUGCUCAAUCCAUCUUUCAUGUACACACAACUCUUCAAAGAGAUCUUGUUAACGAUAGAAUUCGAAGACAAACACAUCGAAGAGUUUGUCAGGCAUCAUCCUGGACUAAUCACUCUCGAUGGUACGCAUUCUAAUGAUGUUAAGCAAUCAGUACGUGAUUACCGUGCAAAGGAGCCCAUCUGGUGGUAUACAAGAGGUAAUUCCUUGCAUUCCAUGCUCAACGAUGCACUACGAAUCAUGGAUGGUGAUGUUCUUGUUCGAAUGGGAUUCUUCGUCACUGAUCUUCAUCGCAACAUAGAACAGUUGCACAAAGAACAGUUUGUUAACACAACUUCGAGUUCUCUUGUGUUUACAGUAUAUCGCGGACAAGGUCUAGUGGCGGAACCAGCAUUUUANCCAGUACGAAACGUGACAUCUCGUCUCUCUACGCGGAAAGUCGAUCCUUCUCAGUCAACAACACCGUUUGCCUUAGUUGGGAAUCAUGGUCUUUUCUUACAAGAAAACGAAGUGCUGUUCUCAAUGCACACAGUGUUUCGCAUUCAUCAUAUCAAAGUCAUUGGCACUGAUCGACCACUGUAUGAAGUGAAUAUCUCGCUGACUCUUGAUUCUGACGAAGAGUUACGCACACUCACUGAUCAUAUUCGUCGCGAAAGUCCUCUCGAUGGUAAAGGUUGGACGCGAUUAGGCCAAUUGCUGAUUCAACUGGGUCAACAUGACAAGGCUGAAGCGAUUUAUGAUACUUUACUCAACCAAACAUCAGAUGGCAGUGAUGGAGGAUUGAUUUAUCAUCAACUUGGUCGUGUCCGAUACGAACAAGGCUUGUUUCAGGAAGCCAUAACAUUCAAUGCCAAAUCACUUGUGCUUCUCGAAAAAUCAUUUAAAUCAUUUCCCGCAAACCAUCCUCAUUUAGCCUCAUCCUACAACAACAUCGGCUCGGUGUAUGACAGUAUGGGUGAUUAUCGAAAAGCACUCGAAUACUAUGAGAAAACUCUUUCGAUUCGACAUCAGUCACUUCCUGCCAAUCAUCCUGAUUUAGCCACAUCGUACAACAACAUCGGCUUGGUGUAUAAGAAUCUGAGUGAUUAUCGAAAAGCACUCGAAUACUAUGAGAAAGCUCUUUCAAUUAAACAACAAUCACUUCCUGCAAACCAUCCUCAUUUAGCCACAUCGUACAACAACAUCAGCUCGGUGUAUGACAGUAUGGGUGAUUAUCGAAAAGCACUGGAAUACUAUGAGAAAGCUCUUUCAAUUGAACAACAAUCACUUCCUGCAAACCAUCCUCAUUUAGCCACAUCAUACAACAACAUCGGCUUGGUAUAUGACAGUAUGGGUGAUUAUCGAAAAGCACUCGAAUACUAUGAGAAAGCUCUUUCAAUUGAACAACAAUCACUCCCUGCAAACCAUCCUCAUUUAGCCACAUCAUACAACAACAUCGGCUUGGUGUAUGACAGUAUCGGUGAUUAUCGAAAAGCACUCGAAUACUAUGAGAAAACUCUUUCAAUUCAACAACAAUCACGUCCUGCAAACCAUCCUCAUUUAGCCACAUCAUACAACAACAUCGGCUUAGUGUAUGACAGUAUGGGUGAUUAUCGAAAAGCACUCGAGUACUAUGAGAAAGCUCUUUCGAUUCUACAACAAUCACUUCCUGCAAACCAUCCUCAUUUAGCCACAUCCUACAACAACAUCGGCUUGGUGUAUGGCAGUAUGGGUGAUUAUCCAAAAGCACUCGAAUACUAUGAGAACGCUCUUUCGAUUCGACAACAAUCACUUCCUGCAAACCAUCCUAGUAUAGCCACAUCCUACAACAACAUCGGCUUGGUGUAUGUCAGUAUGGGUGAUUAUGCAAAAGCUCACUUCUAUUGUGAACGCGCUGUUCAAAUUGCUAAGUAUUCAAUGUCACCAAAUCAUCCACACCGUUUAACGUUCGAAAGAAAUCUGGAAUGUGUUACAAAUGGACUGCAGCACUCUUCUUUUCGUCCUACAAAAUAA